AUGUUAGUGCCACUUCUCUUUGUUGGCAUCACCACCAAUGCUGGAACUCACAAAUUGUCACCCUUGGAUCAAGAAGCCAAUGCUAUGCUUUCAAUUAGUAAAGAGUUGUGGAGUAACCAACAUAAUAAUGUCUCAAACCGUUGCAACUGGCCCGGAGUCAACUGCAACAAAGCUGGAAGUAUAACAUUGCUUUCACCUCCAACUCCAAGUAAUUUCACCGACGAGUUCAGGACACAACUCUGCUCUUUGAAACUAAACUUUUCAGUGUUUCAAAAUCUAGUCCAUCUAGAUCUCAGUGAAAUGGGGUUAUGUGAGUUCCCCAAACUAAGGGGUCUCAAGAAGCUACAACAUCUCAACCUAUCAUACAACUAUUUAGGAGGUGAGGUUCCUUUUACAUUAUUGGAAAAUCUAACUCAACUUCUUGUGUUGGACUUGAGUGCCAACAGCUUCCGUGGAAGCAUUCCAUUGAUUUUUGGUCAAAUGAGCAGUCUCACACACAUGAACCUUUCCAACAAUCUACUAUUUGGUGAGGUUCCUUUCACAUUGCCAAAUCUAACUCAACUUCUUGUGUUGGACCUUUCCCAAAACGAACUUAGUGGCUUCAUUCCUCAUGAAAUAGGGAAAUUGACAAAUUUAUUAACCUUAGACCUCAGUUCAAAUUCCCUGUCUGGUCCAAUUCCUGAGCAAAUUGGGUACUUGAACCGUUUGACAAGUCUCCACCUUCAUUCAAAUUUGCUUAGUGGUUUCAUUCCUCAUGAAAUAGGGAAAUUAACAAAUUUAUUAACCUUAGACCUGAGUUCAAAUUUCUUGUCUGGUCCAAUUCCUGAGCAAAUAGGGUACUUGACCCGUUUGGAAGUGCUCAGCAUCGGAUCCAACAGGAUAGAUGGUUGUAUCCCCAAAGAAAUAGAGCAUUUGUUGCAUCUAGAAACCUUCGUUACAAUCAUCUUUGUAUCAAAAAUAGACAGGAACUUGAGUCUGUUAUUCCACUGUUAUCUGGAUUACAAUCCCUUUCUUGACAACGAAUAUUAUGACUGCGAUGAUCAUUUAAACGACCAUCAUAAUAAGCAUUUUGGCCGAUCACUGGUUUUGGUCAUAAUCGUGGUCUGCGUUACCAUUUCAUUGGGUUCUGUUGGGAUUGGAAUAUGCAUUUUCCGUGCCAGGCAUCAUGGCAAGCUUGAAAAUAAGGCCACAAAAAAUGGAGACUUGUUCUCAAUUUGGAACUAUGAUGGCAAAAUUGCAUUUGAGGACAUCAUUCAAGCCACAGAGGACUUUGAUAUCAGAUAUUGCAUUGGAACCGGUGCUUAUGGUAGCGUCUACGAAGCGCGACUUCCAAGUGGCAAAACUGUUGCAUUGAAGAAGCUUCACAAAACAGAAUCAGAAAAUCCAUCCUAUUACAAGAGCUUCUGCAAUGAAGUUGAGGUCUUGACAGAGAUUCGCCACUGCAACAUCAUUAAGCUUUAUGGCUAUUGUUUGCAUAACCGAUGCAUGUUUUUGGUGUAUGAAUACUUGGAAAGAGGAAGCUUGUUCUGUAACUUGGCCAACGAGAUCGAAGCACAAGAGUUGAAUUGGAGCAAGAGGGUGAAUAUCAUCAAAGGGACAGCUUAUGCUCUUGCUCACAUGCAUCAUCACUGCCCUUCUCCUAUUGUUCAUCGAGAUGUCAGCAGCAACAAUGUUCUGCUGAAUUCAGAGUUAGAAGCUUGUGUCUCAGAUUUCGGCACAGCGAGACUUCUUGAUCCUGAUUCAUCUAACCAAACUCUUUUAGUUGGCACUUAUGGAUAUAUUGCUCCAGAAUUGGCAUACACCAUGAGUGUGACUACAAAAUGUGAUGUUUAUAGUUUCGGAGUGGUGGCAUUAGAAACAAUGAUGGGUCAUCACCCAGGAGAAUUCAUGUCCACUAUGUCAAAGCCAUCUACUCAACAAUUAUUGGUGAAAGAUGUGUUGGAUCCGCGGAUUCCACUUCCGAAAUCUCGGAAAGAUAUGCAAGAUGUUGUGCAUGUUGUAAAGCUAGCAUUAGCAUGCCUCUCCUCUGACCCAAAAUCCAGACCAUCAAUGCAGGAUGUGGCUAAUGAGCUUUCAGCUUCCAAGGCUUCCACGAAUUUGUCUUUUUAUGAUGUCUCAAUCUACCAACUGAUGCAAUAUCAAGUACAUGUCAUAUGAUUGAAUUUUAUCAGCAUAUAAAUGCAAGAUUGAAGGUUGUAACUUUUAGUG